GCCCUUAAAAGUUAAAACCCCGAUUUGGUCUUCCUUCUCCCACUGCUCGACGGCUCUGAGAUCUCGUUGGCCUUUUCGUUUCCUUCAAGAGUGAGACCGCCAUGGUUCUCUACUUGAAACAUGAACGAUUCAGCCAUGGCUUUACAGAUUCCGUCAGCUUAUCGCAACAUUUGGUUUGUAAUGCUAGUGAAGCUGCUGCACUUACUCUCCGAAACACUUUUUUUUGGUGAAAAGUGAGCUGUCCAAAGUCGUCACCUAAGCACGUCAUUCAUUUUUUUGCUGCAGCGGAUGAGAUUGUGAUAGUUGAAUUGUUUGAAGAAAAUUGAAAAGAUUGGUGACGAUUUGGCAAUGUAAGUACUUAUAGAUGUCACUAGAGGUGAAGUAUGACGAUGGUGAAAUUUCCUAAGCGCUACUUAAUCGUCAUAUUGACCUUCAUCUGCACGUCUGUUUGCUAUAUAGAACGGGUCGGGUUUUCAAUUGCAUAUACUGUUGCUGCCGAUGCUGCAGGGGUAAACCAAUCGAGUAAAGGCACAAUUCUUUCUACAUUCUAUUAUGGUUAUGCUUGUUCACAAGUACCUGGAGGUUGGGCAGCUCAGAAAAUUGGGGGAAGGAAGGUUCUUCUUCUUUCAUUUGUGUUAUGGUCAGCUACGUGUGCAUUAGUUCCUCUAGACCCCAAUCGAAUCUUUGUCUUGGUGAUUGCUCGGUUGCUUGUGGGUGUUGCACAAGGAUUCAUUUUCCCCUCAAUCCACACAGUUCUAGCUCAGUGGGUUCCACCACAUGAAAGAUCCAGAUCUGUUUCUCUUACUACUUCUGGUAUGUACCUAGGAGCAGCUGCAGGAAUGCUUCUCCUUCCAAGCCUUGUGAAGUACAGAGGCCCCCAAUCCGUAUUUCUUGCUGAGGCAGCAUUAGGUGCCAUGUGGUCUUUGCUGUGGUUCAAGUAUGCCAGUGAUCCACCUUCCUCUCAACAUCCAAAAGCGACAGCUGCUGGUUUUGGGGAAUCUUUGUUGCCGACCAAAGGAAACCAAAAGUUGAAAGUAGAGAAUGGAGGAAGUUCCACUAGAACUGCCAAGAUCCCAUGGAAGAGAAUUUUACUCAGUUUGCCAGUUUGGGCAAUCGUGGUUAAUAAUUUCACGUUCCAUUAUGCUUUAUACGUGUUGAUGAACUGGCUGCCCACAUACUUUGAAUUAGGCCUCCAACUUAGCCUUCAGGAAAUGGGUUCUUCUAAGAUGUUGCCGUAUCUCAACAUGUUUAUUUUCUCAAAUAUAGGUGGGGUGGUAGCUGACCACUUAGUCACCAAGAGAAUAUUGUCUGUGACUAAUACUCGCAAGUUCUUGAACACUGUUGGUUUCAUAGUAGCUUCUCUUGCAUUGAUGGCAAUUCCCAUCUUCCGAACUUCCGAUGGGGCUGUCUUUUGUUCUUCUGUGGCUCUUGGUUUCUUGGCACUCGGGAGGGCUGGUUUUGCAGUGAAUCACAUGGAUAUUGCCCCGAGAUAUGCUGGUAUUGUAAUGGGAGUUUCAAACACUGCCGGUACCUUAGCUGGCAUUAUUGGAGUUGAUCUAACUGGCAAGCUUCUUGAAGCUGCGAGAACUGCUGAUUCGAGUCUUUCAAGUCCAGAGAGCUGGAGACUGGUGUUUUUAAUUCCAGGUCUGCUCUGCGUUUUCAGUUCUUUUGUAUUUGUACUAUUCUCAACAGGGGAGAGAAUUUUUGACUGAGCGAAUCUCUCUUGUAGCUCCUUGACAGUAUUUGGAUGAUGAAUUUACAAUUGUUUGUUA